AUGGAGGUCUCCACCCAGGUCUUGCUACUUGUGUCCGCUGCACUGGCACUCUGUCGUGCAGCUGCAGCACGGCCUGACAGUGCAACAGCAAACCUUGACGCAGCCACAAUGGCCGCGCAAGAACUUGACCGCGUCGCGUCGCUGCCGGGGGCGCCGAGCUACUCAUAUGCGUUCAAGCACUACUCCGGGUAUGUCACGACCGAUGAGCAACUCGGCAAGGCGCUGUUCUAUUGGUUCUUUGAGGCUAUGGAGAAGCCUGACGAGAAGCCACUGGUCCUAUGGUUAAAUGGAGAAAACUUCAUGGGAGAAAGAUGGUUUGGUCAGGCGCAGGAGCUCGGGCCAUUUCUUGUGAAGAAAGAUGUGCCUGAGCUGGAGCUCAAUCCCUGCCAACUUGCUGUUCCUGGACUCUCCAGCGGGUGUUGGAUUUUCAUACACGAACACGUCCUUCGAAAUAGAUCCACCGGGAGACAAUUCCACGGGUGGUUUCAGAGGUUCCCCCAGCACAAAAUGAAAGAGUUCUACAUAGCCGGAGAGAGCUAUGCAGGACAUUACAUUCCCCAACUUGCCAAUCUCAUCGUGGACGAGAACAAGAAAGCCUCCAGAGAAAACUACAUCAACUUCAAAGGCAUCCUGAUCGGGAACGCGUACAUGGACGGGGACACGGACCUGCAGGGGAUCGUCGACUCGUCGUGGCACCACGCCAUCAUCUCCGACACGCUCUACGCGACCUACCUGAGGUCCUGCAACUUCAGCGCGGAGGUCCUGUCUCGCGAGUGCGAGGUGGCCAUGGGCCAGUUCAACGUCCUCCACGACCUCAUCGACAUCUACAGCCUCUACGCCCCCAACUGCGAGCGCGGGUACCCGGACUUCAACACCUCCUUCUCGCCGCAGAUCGGACCGACCACCAGCCGUUUCGAUCUUCUCAGGAUACCGAUGGGCUACGACCCGUGCACGCAGACGUACGCCACCGAGUAUCUGAACCGCGAGGACGUGCAGAGGGCUCUGCACGCCAACACCACGGGCGUGUCCUACCCCUACUCUCUUUGCCGCGACUCUAUCAACGUUCUGUGGCACGAUUCGGACAAGACGGUGCUUCCGAUCGUCAAGAAGCUCGCACAGGAGGGCCUCCGCAUAUGGAUCUUCAGCGGCGACACGGAUGGGAGGAUCCCUACGACGUCGACGAGGUACACGCUGAAGAAGCUCGGCCUGCCCAUCAAGGAGGACUGGUCGCCGUGGUUCACUCACAAGCAGGUUGGUGGAUGGAGUGUGGUGUACGAUGGCCUGACAUUUGUCACGGUGAGAGGCGCCGGGCACAUGGUGCCAACCUCGCGGCCCGAGCAGGCGCUUCAGCUCUUCGAGCACUUCCUCGCCAACCGCAACCUCCCCUCCAAGCCCUUCUAGAAAAUAUAUGCCAUGGUUG